AUGGCUCCAGGGGCAGCCGAAAAGAAGGCUGAGAAGUCUUAUUUGAGCUCUGCAGUCGAUUCUAUCAAUCCUUGGGCUGCCAGCCGUAGCACGACCCCUGUUCAGAAGCUCAAACCAGAAGAGGAUGGCGAUUCAACCGCAAAUCCUGCGAACCCUGACGACCACAGUAGAACUCAUUUAUACGGCCAAAGCCUCCGGACAUACCCUGCAGGAUGCCCCCCUCUAAAGGUUCUAUGGUUUCACGCCGUAGAUGUUCCCAAGCGGAAGCCUCGGCUGAAUCGUUCAGCGCCAGCUGAGAAGGUGUUGGUCCAGCCGAAGAAGUAUAAUGCCUUCUCCACCGCAGAUUCCAAGGCCCUGGAAUCUGAGUAUCAGAAACUCCUUGAGGAAUCGGAUAGCAUCCAGGCGCCAGGGAGACUACGCCCAGCCUCGAGAAAGCGCAAAGCAGACGCAUCAGAAGCGACCUCAGGAAGUGACACCUCGGAUCAGGCAGCUGGACUCUCAGAACCAGAGUCAGGUGGGAUUCGUGUCCCUGUAAACGAGGACUUUUUAUUCGAUGUUGACAUUGAAGCCCGAGAGUUGGCACCUGUAUAUUGGCUUGGUCCAGUCUAUGAUGUUCGACGAGGAACAUGGUUCUAUCAAGAAGGCUCUAAUCUACGUCCUUGCGAGGAAAAUCUAGCUGCUCAACUGGAAGAGGGCUAUCUUAAGGUCAAACCAUGGCUGUAUCCGACACGGGAUCGUAGCCCAUCAGGGACUAGGAGGACCCUGACGCCAAAAGCAUCGCAGGAGAGUUUACGUUCAACAUCCAAGGGGCCCGCGGAGCAUACGGCCCAAUCGGAAGUGACUCAUACUCCUGCCACAGAAGCGCCCUCUCGCGGUCAGCCUCAGCCUCAAUCGUGCCGACUGUUUGGAACUCACAUGAACAGCAUGGCCACUUACCAUGACGCCAAUACCGCUUACUUGAACACGGAUGGCAUGCUUUCAUGGGUGACUUCAUCUAUGUAUCAAAGGUUUGCUGGCGGAAGUUACAUGAGUGGACUCAAAUUGGUUCGCGGUUUCUCAGAGCCUAGCAAGAACAAGGAAAAAGAGUCCGUAAAGGAAAAGGGCGACGAGAGCCGGUCUAGCAUUGAUGAGCAAGCUCUGUCGCUGGAUGAAAAACAACAGAAAAUGCUCAAGCGAAGAUCGGCGCCACCCUCAACUCGUGCUUCAUGUGAAGAGCCCGUUCAAGACGGAGAAGGCAAGGAUGUAGUGAGGGACCCCCGGCAAUCAACCCUCCAACGACAGUUAUCAUCUCUACUUGAGGGCGAAGCAAAGACCCAGGCCGAGAAGGAAGAGGAAAUACGCCGGCGCGAAGAACAAGAGAUAAAGGAUGACUAUAAUGCACUAGCAGGCGAAACCCAAGGCCGCGAAAUAGAGCAUUUAGUGCUUGUCACUCAUGGGAUAGGCCAACUCCUCAGUCUACGAAUGGAGAGUGUCAAUUUCGUUCACGAUGUCAAUGUUCUCCGCAAGACGACCAAGUCUGUUUAUGCCAACUCAGCCGACUUGAAAGCAUUGAACUCUGAACUUGGAGCAGGACCAGGCAAUUGCCGGGUUCAGGUGCUUCCAGUUUGCUGGAGGCAUCUGCUAGACUUCCCUAAAAAGCUUGAGAAGAAAGGCGAACGCGACCUAGGGGACCUCGAUGGCGAUGAGGACGAUUAUCCCUCUUUGGACGACAUCACUAUUGAGGGCGUGGCUUUUGCCCGUUCUCUAAUCUCAGAUCUUGCUUUGGAUGUCCUCCUCUAUCAAAGUUCAUACAAGGCACAGAUUUCGAGAAUUGUGCUAAAUGAGUGUAAUCGAAUCUUCAAAUUGUUCAAGGAACGAAACCCAGAGUUCAAAGGGAAAGUACACCUUAUGGGACACUCGUUAGGCUCUGCUAUUCUUUUUGACUUGCUUUGCCAGCAGAAACGAGAUUUGCCUACACAGCAAAAGGCAGGUCUCCGGUUAUGGCCAACUCAACAGAUCCCUGAAACACCGACAAAGGACCCGGAACUUAAACUGGACUUUAAGGUAGACGACUUUUUCUGCCUAGGUUCUCCAAUUGGCCUCUUUCAGAUGCUUAAGGGGCAAACGAUAGCGGCCAGACACCACACUCCAGCAGGAAGCUUGGACAAUGUUCAAGGGACGGGUAUGCAGGAGGAUAUAGGAACAGCUCCGCUUGCCUCAUCAGUAGAGGUCUCGUCGGUCACUGGUCUUCCACCAUCUAUCGCAUCGCCAAAGGUUCAGCAGCUUUUUAACAUAUUCCACCCAUCAGACCCAAUCAGCUACCGCCUGGAGCCAUUGAUUUCGCCAUCCAUGUCGGCCCUCAAGCCUCAACUACUGCCAUACACAAAGAGGGGAAUAUUUGGCAAUGUUGCUCCCCAAGGACUAACGGGGAUUGGAGCCAAGGUUGGGCAAAGCGUUAGUGGAUUGUGGUCUAGUUUGAGUGCUGGUAUUGCCAGCAACAUACUCAACCGCUCUCUGGGGUUGAGCAACGAAGAGGUGGCACGACUCACCGCCAACGCAGCUCAGGUGGGAGUCACUGGCUCGGAAACAACAGGCGACAAGACGGCGAAGAGCCAGGCUGAAAUUAGCGCUGCUGAGAAACGAGAAGCUACAGAUGCACGCAUGAAAAAGCUCGCAGACUCUACAACUGGACAUAUCGGGCUUGGUGCGGGUGAGAGUGAUCAUAACCCAACACUGAUCGACGAAGAGAUUGAGACUUUGUAUUCCAAUUUUCAGAAAAGCUGUGUCCAAUCGACCAAGGAUGAGGAGGUAAUGACGACAACCGCGGAGGAGGACAAGAAGGCGCGCAAGAUGCGCAGGGAAGAAGCCAAAGUUCGAGCGCUCAACCGUAACGGCAGAGUCGACUAUAGCAUCCAAGAGAGUGUUCUGGACUUCAACCCCAUGAAUACGAUUGCAUCUCAUAUGGCAUACUGGGCAGAUGAAGACGUGAACCAUUUUGUUCUUUCACAGCUGCUGUCUAAUAAAUCAGGCAGAAAGGAUUCAGUUGGGAUUGAUGAGAGAAGGAAUUGA